CGAAAGUCGAAAACUAUUCCAGCCACAGAGAUUAUUCUGUUUAUCCCACCAAUCAUAUUAUUGCUUUUUUUGUAGUUUCCUAUAACACUUUGCCCAAUGCUGCAUAACUUAACCAAUUGAUCUUUUGGAAGGACAGACCACAGGCCCAGAAAUCAUCACUCUAAUGGUUUCCUUAAGGAACGAAUAUAAAUCCUCAAGAUGGGAAGUAAUAGCACAAACAGUACAAGAGCAAAGUGCACUGAUCUUCAAAUGACAUUUCAGUACCCUCUCUAUGCAACCACCUAUAUCCUCAUAUUUAUCCCUGGUCUUCUGGCCAACAGUGCAGCCUUGUGGGUUCUGUGUCGUUUCAUCAACAAGAAAAAUAAAGCCAUCAUUUUCAUGAUCAACCUGUCUGUAGCUGACCUUGCUCAUGUGCUUUCCUUACCCCUCCGAAUUUACUAUUACAUGAACCACCAGUGGCCUUUCCAAAGGACCCUUUGCCUGCUGUGCUUCUACCUGAAGUAUCUCAACAUGUACGCCAGCAUUUGCUUCCUGACAUGCAUCAGCCUUCAGAGGUGCUUCUUUCUCCUCAAACCCUUCAGGGCCAGAAACUGGAAGCGUAGGUAUGAUGUGGGCAUCAGUGCUGCCAUCUGGGUAAUCGUGGGGACUGCCUGUAUGCCACUGCCCAUUCUAAGAAGUGCUGGCCUAGCCAACAACACUGAAUCCUGCUUUGCUGAUUUGGGGCUUCAUCAUAUUGGCAUAGCUUCCUCCAUUGGCAUGGUAACUGUAGCAGAACUUGGAGGGUUUGUAUUACCUGUUGUAAUUAUUACUUACUGCACGUGGAAAACAAGAAAAUCUUUACGGGAAUUCCAAGUUCCCCCUCAGAACACCAAAGAGAGAAAAAAGGCUUUGAGGAUGAUCCUGAUGUGUGCAGUGGUAUUUGUUAUUUGUUUCACUCCUUACCACCUCAAUUUCCCAUUGUUUAUGCUGGUGAAGCAAAAUGUCUUUUCAAACUGCUCCUUUAUUAAGAGCACUCUGUGUUUCCACAUCAUUUCUCUGUGUCUUGCAAAUUUGAAUUGUUGUCUUGACCCAGUCCUAUAUUAUUUUAUGACUUCAGAAUUUCGUGAUCAAUUUUCAGAACAUGGCGGCUUGGUUCUUCAUUCAUGUAUUAAAUGCAAGGAAAUUCAUCAGAGGAAGGAAGAUCUUCAAACUAUCUCACUUGAAUACUUGGAUGAUUCUAAGACAAUGUAAUUAGAUAAUUAGUUAUAAUGAUCUAUAUGCUCUAUCAGUUUAGCUAUAUUACUAUGAAGAUUUUUUAAAUGAUAUUGUUGAAUAUCCAAACAUGAUUACUUCACCCUCAAAAUGAUCCUUCUGAAGGAAUUAUUCAUAACUAUAUUUUCUGUAUAAGUGGAAAGAUACUAUUUUACGAAGCAUAGGAGAAAAUGCAUUUUUAUCAUAAAGCAAUGAGCAGCAUAAUGAAUUGCAAACCUGUUCAUCAGCAACGGGUCUGAUAUUUUCACCUUUUCUUUAGGUAAAAUGAAAAUUGAAAAGAAGCGGACAUAGAUGAAUUUUUCUAACAUUGAAAAGUGUACAUCAGAACAAUAUGACACUAGUUUUAUUUAGAAAAGUAUAUACUAUUUGAAGUAAGUAGAUUGUAGACAAAAGACUUUAAUAUCAAUAUGAAUAGUGAAAACUAAUAUCAUUAUAACUUGGAAUAGCUUUGACACUUUACUUUUCUCUAAGGAAGCAAACAAUUUAGAUGAACUCGACAUGUCUCAAAAGUAUUACAGAAUUCACACACAACACAAACAUCUUAAAUACAAAAUAAAUUUGUAUUCUAACAUAUUUCACAAACUUAGUUUCAGGAUCAACAAUAAAUGCUCUUUUCUUGAAUAUCUAAGCAUGUGUGUAAUAUGGUGCAUUUUUUAUAUAUAUAUAUUGGCACUCAUUCAGAAAAUAUUUUGUUGUAUUUCUUC